AUGUCCGAUAUCAAGGGAGGAAAGCGUUCAAGCGCCGACGCCGACGAAUCUACGCGAAAGAAGGCCAAGAAGGACGGCGAGGACGAGAAAUACAACCCCUACCUUGCUCACAUGUACGACAACGGUAACAGCAAUGGUAAUGGCGCAGAGCCUUCGCCGGACUCUCCUCUCGCCGGUAUGAAGAGGCAGCAUACUACCGCUGCCCAGGCUUCAAAAGCUGAGGACUCUGAGUCGAACCCUUUCACCGGCCGACCUCAUUCGCAAAAGUACUUCCAGAUUCUCCAGGGCCGUCGCGAUCUGCCGGUCCACAAGCAACGACAAGAGUUUUUGGACAAGUAUCACUCAACACAGAUUCUCGUCUUUGUCGGUGAGACAGGUUCUGGAAAGACUACUCAAAUUCCUCAGUAUGUCGUCUACGACGAGCUACCUCAUCUUACCGGCAAGCUUAUCGCCUGUACGCAGCCACGUCGAGUCGCCGCCAUGUCGGUCGCCCAGCGUGUCGCCGACGAGAUGGACGUCACCCUAGGCGAGGAAGUUGGUUACAGCAUUCGUUUCGAGGACAUGACAGGUCCUAAGACUAUGCUCAAGUACAUGACUGAUGGUAUGCUUCUGCGCGAGGCCAUGCACGACCACGAGAUGUCUCGCUACAGUUGUAUCAUUCUCGAUGAGGCUCACGAACGUACUCUCGCGACCGAUAUUCUCAUGGCUCUGCUCAAGCAGAUUUCUAUGCGCCGUCCCGACCUCAAGAUCAUUAUCAUGUCUGCUACUCUCGAUGCUCAAAAGUUCCAAAAGUAUUUCAACGAUGCGCCCCUGCUCGCUGUCCCCGGUCGAACACACCCUGUCGAGAUCUUUUACACCCCCGAGCCUGAGCGCGAUUACGUCGAGGCCGCCAUAAGAACCGUUCUCCAGAUUCACGCUUCAGAGCCUGAGGGUGAUGUUUUGCUUUUCCUUACUGGUGAAGACGAGAUUGAGGACGCUUGUCGCAAGAUCAGCCUCGAGGCUGAUGAGCUGAUGCGCGAGGUCGACGCUGGUCCUCUCGCCGUUUACCCUCUAUAUGGUACCCUGCCUCCCCACCAGCAACAGCGCAUCUUCGACAAGGCCCCUCCGCCUAUUCGCAAGGGCGGUCGUCCUGGUCGCAAGGUCAUUGUUUCCACCAAUAUUGCCGAAACUAGUUUGACUAUCGACGGUAUCGUCUAUGUCGUGGAUCCUGGUUUUAGCAAACAGAAGAUCUACAACCCUCGUAUCCGUGUCGAGUCCCUUCUUGUCUCGCCCAUCUCCAAGGCUUCAGCCCAGCAGCGUGCUGGUCGUGCUGGUCGUACCAAGCCCGGAAAGUGUUUCCGUCUGUACACCGAGAAGGCAUUCAAGAAGGAGCUUAUUGAGCAAACAUAUCCCGAGAUUCUGCGCUCCAACCUUGCCAACACCGUUCUGGAGCUAAAGAAGCUUGGUGUGGAGGAUCUUGUUCACUUCGAUCUUAUGGACCCCCCCGCUCCCGAGACCAUGAUGCGCGCCCUGGAGGAGCUCAACUAUCUUGCCUGUCUUGACGACGAUGGUGAGCUGACCACUCUCGGCAGCAUGGCCUCAGCAUUCCCCCUUGAUCCCGCUCUGGCGGUCAUGCUUAUCUCGUCUCCCGAGUUCUACUGCUCCAACGAGAUUCUCUCUAUUACCUCGCUUCUCUCAGUUCCUCAAAUCUUUACUCGCCCUGCCAACAACCGAAAGCGCGCCGAUGAGAUGAAGGCUCAAUUCGCGCAUCCUGAUGGUGACCACCUCACCCUGCUCAACGCCUACCACGCUUUCAAGGGCCAGGCCACAUCUGACCCCAACAGUGCCAAGCAGUGGUGCCACGAGCACUUCCUCUCCUACCGACAUCUCUCAAGUGCGGAUAACGUUCGCGCUCAGCUCAAGCGCAUCAUGGAGACGCACGGCUUGGAGCUUGUGUCGACACCAUUCGAGGACAAGAAUUACUAUACCAACAUUCGACGCGCACUGCUCGCCGGUUUCUUCAUGCAGGUCGCCAUGAAGGAGAGCUCAGGCAAGCUCUAUCGCACUGUCAAGGACGACCAGGCUGUGUUGAUUCACCCCUCAACUGUCCUCCGCACCGAGUUUGACUGGGUCCUCUACAAUGAGUUUGUCUUGACAUCCAAGCAAUACAUCCGAACAUGUACGGGUAUCCGGCCUGAGUGGUUAUUGGAAAUUGCCCCUACAUACUACGAUAUCGACAGCUUUGAGCAAGGUGACGUUAAGCGUUCUCUUGCACGCGCUGCAGAGAAGAAGCGCCGCAAGGAAGCCAUGAAGGCUGGUCGAUGA